AUGUCGGAAAAGAGGCCGAACGACUUCCUGGACAUAGGGUCUGAGGAUGAAGGGAGCGAUGCCGGUUAUAACUCUGAAGAUUUCCAGGAAUCAAAAGGGAGAAGCAACAAUAAACGAAAGCAUGCCAGCAGCACAGGCUCACAGUCAAAACGGCGAAGGCGUUCAGACGACGAUGAAUCCGAAGCCAGCGACAAUAAUGAGCGAUCAGACAUGCUGGAUCUAGCAUCCUCAGUCGAUGAUAUAACUCGGACAAGUAAGGACAAGGACCCCUCGUCUAGUCGUCCAACCGAUCCAGCACCCACGAAUGACUCUGCCGCUAUAAAACCACCGUCGACGAGCAAAGCAGCUACAAAAAAACGGAAAAACAAGACAGGCGUUAUAUAUAUGUCCUCCUUACCGCCAUAUCUGAAACCAUCCGCCCUCAAGUCUAUGCUAGUCGCACGAGGUUUCGGUCCAAUUACCAAAAUCUUCCUAUCGCCUUAUGUCCCUUCAACCAGCACUUCCAGGGCCGCUAUGAAGGCAAGCCGCAAUAAAAGACGCAUGUACACCGACGGAUGGGUCGAAUUUGCAUCCAAGCGAACUGCAAAGAUAUGCGCCGAGACCCUUAACGCUUCGAUCGUAGGAGGCAAAAAGGGCGGAUGGUACCAUGACGACGUAUGGAAUAUGAAGUAUCUACGAGGUUUCAAAUGGACAGAUCUCAUGGAACAAGUGCAAAGAGAGAAGAGAGAGGCAGAAGCUAGAAGACGAAUCGAGGACACCAAGGCAAGAAAAGAGGAGAAGUCAUUCCUGCAGGGACUUGAGCAGGGAAAGAUAGUAGAAGGUAUUAGGAAGAAGAGAGAGGCAAAGGAACAGUUGAAGGGUGAUAGCGAAGAGCCGGUGCAGAAGAAACCAGAGAUUAAGAGGGUGUUCAGACAAAAUGAGGUUAAGGGAGGUGGUGACGGUUCUAGUGGUGCCGGCAGUUCGAAGAAAGUCGACUCGGAUACACAGAGGUCACCAAUCGCUCAACGGCGCCACGACUAUUUUAUGCUCCAGCCUUUGAGUUGGCGUUUUAUGGGCCAACUUUAA